CUACAAAUUCCACAACAAAUAUAUAUGUUAUGAUUCUCUCUUCCACACACAAAUAGAAGUUCUAAAAAGAUGUUUCAACAAGCUCUCUGGCUUUCAUGCCUCAUCUCCCCUUUCUUCUUCCACCUAUCGUUAUCUGCCAUAGACUCCUUCAUCUAUGGUGGAUGCUCACAGCCACGGUUCACCCCUGGCUCACCCUACGAGUCCAAUGUCAACUCCAUGCUCACUUCCUUAGUCAACUCCGCUUCUUUCUCUAACUUCAACAACUUCAAAAUCUCCGUUCCGGGGUCCACCCAGUCUGACAUUGUCUACGGUCUGUUUCAGUGCCGUGGUGACCUCAGCACCACGGACUGUAGAGACUGUGUGGCCCACGCCGUCAGUCGACUCGGGGUCAUCUGCCCCGCCCCGGGUCGACUGGAGGGGCCAUGCAACUAGAUGGAUGCUUUGUAAAAUACGACGGCACAUCUUUCUUAGGGGUUGAGGACAAAAUGGAAGUGUUCAAGAAGUGUGGAUCUUCAAUAGGUUACAAUUCAGAUAUUUUGACACGUAGAGAUGUUGUGUUGGCUUACAUGGCUGCGGAUAACGGGCAAUAUUUUCGUGUGGGUGGGUCCGGGAGUGUGCAGGGUGUGGCGCAGUGUGUACAAGAUUUGAGUUUGAGUGAGUGUCAAGAUUGUCUUGAAGAAGCGGGUGGGCGGGUGAAAUCGGAGUGUGGGGCAUCUGCUUGGGGUGAUGUGUACUUGGGGAAGUGCUAUGUGCGGUAUUCCGAACGUGGGUUCCACUCGAGAAGUGCUGAUGACGAUGGUGACAUGGAUAAAACAUUGGCGAUAAUCAUUGGAAUCAUAGCUGGUGUGGCAGUGAUUAUUGUUUUUCUAUCUUUCUUAACCAGAAUUUGUGACAGAAAAGAAGGCAAGUAAAAAAGCUACAUGGAUGAACACAUAUGCCCUUUAUCAAGGACAUCAUUGAAGCUGUAUAUGGUAUCAUCAAGAUCAAGUUGCUUAGCUUUUUCAUCUUUCUUUUAUGAGGUUCUUUCAUGGUAUUGGUGGACAAUAUAUGUGAUAUAAAGAUACACAUUGAAGCAAGUGAAAGGCGAGUUGAAAUAAGAACAAAGUGAAAAGACUCUUAUGUACAAAGAUGCCCUAAUGGAUUGCUUUCACUCCCAUUUAUACCCAUCCUUUUCUAAUAUUACAAAAGCAAUUACUUUUGUUGUAAGAGCAUGCUAGGUUUUCAAGCUUGCACAUCACAUUUCUUACUUUUGGAGCAAUAUUGUGAUUUAUCUCUCAUGUUAGUCUUUACACUAGUUGGUGGAAGACAUUUUCCCUUUUUAGUUGAUCGGCUGUAUUUGUUCGGAUGAUGGAGAGGUUUUAGAAUAAUUUAAAAGUUUAUAAGCUCGAACAUACACACUUGAAGAAUGCAACAUGAUGUAGAAAGAUGUCACACAACAUGUUAACAACCUAAAAUGCAUGAGCUUUUGUCAUUGUCAUGCAUGUGAUUCAAUUUCUAACAUGUUUUCGAUCGCUAAUUAUUUUGUCAACGUUUGUAUGUCACAGGAUCGAUGUGACGAUCUUAGAUGAUAUCACAAUCUUGAUCAAUUUAUUCGGGGUC